AUGAUAAAGGCUCUAGCAUUGGGCCUCCUCUCUCUUUCUGUUCCUCUUUUCGUUCUCGACCAGCUGAAUUGGCCCCAGCGUUUAGCGUUUGUACAUCUCUUUUCUAACCUAGGCAUACUUUUUCCCACUAUUGCCUUCUUUGUUGGAGAAGCAGGUAACCCGUCCCUAUGGACGUUGAUUAUAUGGCUGACACAAAUAUUUUUUGCCUUAGUCUUGCUAGCCAACUCUGCUUUCGCCCAGAAACCUAGUGUCAGAAGACCCUUUCUUCCAGCACUUUUCCGUAUGGACCACGCUUGGGCAACUUCUUGUGCGGUUUCCAUCCAGAUACUUACUCAAACAGUUUGCUCUCCUCAAGUUACGGUCUUUUUGUGUGAAACGUUUUCAACUUUGGGUCUCCGCAAUCCGUGGGCUUAUCAAAGUGUACAAGUGUUUCUUGUAUUUGCAUCUUCUCUCGUGGCUGUGUUUACUGUGAGGAUUGUAGCUCAUAAAGAUGUUCUCAUCUUCUGUAUGGCUGCGGCUACAGUUGCUUACUUUGCUCUUGGAAUAACUUUCUCGUUUCUGAGUACUGUUCAAAAUAGUAUGGCAGUCUCAUUCUCUAUUGCAGUUCAUGCUCUCCUCAGCUGUCUAUUUCCAAUAAUCCUGCUGACGUCGUGGAUAUACUCUACUUCAUUAUUAUCUCCUGAUAUCAUGGUCGGAGGGAUGUCUAUCACCAUGGCUUCAAGAUGGUUAGUGGAUGCAUCUAUGGCUUUUGCAUUUCCUUUCUUUCUCCGCAAUCCAAAGUCCGUUUCUUUUUUUGUUCUUGGAACUAUAUGUUUUUUGUCCACUAUAGUGUUUAGUCGUUUCCCCAAUGUAGAAAAAGAUGGUGAGAUCAUGGAAGAAUACGACCAAAAUCAGUUUAUGGCCAAAGAGUUCCAAUUGGGUCUGAAGUCAAGACUUUUUGGGCAGAAUACAGAAGCAGGUAAUUUUGGGGAAACUAAAAGGUGA